UGUUGACAUGAUUGCAGAGGUUACUAUUCAGCAAGCCUAUAAAAAUGUCGAAAACAAUCUAAUAGAGGGUUUAUACAAAUUUCCAAUUUACGAAGCCGCGACAAUUUGUGGUUUUGAAGCUGAAAUUGAUGGGCGCAGAAAUGUCAAAGGAAUCGUGAAAGAGGCUAAAGAAGCUGCCAAGGAGUACGAUGAUGCUAUUAAACAAGGACAUGGGGCCUAUUUGUUGGAGGAACAACUUGCCGACGUGUUUCAGUGCACCGUUAAAAACAUCGCCUCUGGCCAAACUGUGGUGAUCAAAAUCACAUAUGUUACGGAGCUUAAACAUGAUGCCGAUUCUGAGCAAAUACGAUUCGUCUUACCUACUGCCAUUGCCCCAAGAUAUGGAUUUCACAUG